AUGGAACAUGUGAACACUUUCAACGACCAUCAGAAGCAGUCACAUGGACUAUACUUCAGGACAUACAAUCUAGGGUGGUGGAACCACCCUAAUUUUUCAUGGAAGCAGAACCAACUGGUGAAUCAGGGUGGAGCCCCUCAUCAUGCUCACAAUCAAUACCCUCCUAGAUUUCCAUCGGUUCAGACUCGUGGUCGCUCGGCCCAGCCAUCACCAUCACCUGCUUACCAAGCUCCCACUCAAGUACUGGGGUUGGUCUCACAAUUGUUGGAGGAAACUCUAAAGGACUUCAUGAAGAUGGCAGGCCAAUCCAUCAGUGAAGUGAGGAGUGCGACAAUGGUCAACACCCAAGCGAUUGCCAAGCUGGAGAGUCAGAUGGGACAAAUCACAAGUCACUUGGGUGAAAGAGAGAAGGGAAAGUUCCCUAGUCAGCCCGUACCCAACCCAAAGGGACAGUGUGCGGUUGGAAGUUCAUCAAAUCCUACGCACAGGCAAGAGCAGCAAGUACCGUCAUAUGCCAAGUUCUUGAAGGACUUGACAACUAUCAAGAGGAAGACGAAUGUCCUAAAGAAGGCAUUCCUGACCGAGCAAGUUAGCUCAAUCCUGCAAUGCAAAUUGCCCAUCAAGUACAAGGACCUUGGGUGUCCUACUAUUUCUUGCAUGAUAGGAGUUAGCCGUAUUGAGAGGGCAUUAUUGGAUUUUGGAGUGAGUGUGAAUCUUUUGCCCUACUCAGUUUACUUACAAUUGGGGUUAGGGGAGUUGAAGCCCACAUUGAUUACACUCCAAUUGGGUGACAAGUCAGUGAAGGUUCCACAGGGAAUAAUCGAGGAUGUCUUGAUUAAAGUUGAUAAGUUUCAUUUCCCUGUGGAUUUCAUUGUGCUAGACACAGAGCCGGUUUCGAAUGUUGGGAUUCAAAUCCCGAUAAUUCUAGGGCGACCAUUCUUAGCUACGGCUAACGCCCUCAUUAAUUGUAGGACAGGGAUAAUGAAGGUAUCCUUUGACAAUAUGACAGUGGAGCUGAAUAUUUUUCACAGCAGCAAGCAACCAUUGGAAUUUGAAGAAGUAAAUAAUGUAUGCGCGAUAGAGGAGAUCAUUGAGGACACAGUUGAAGAAACGAGCAUGGAGGACCACUUGGAGUCAUGCCUUGCUCAAUUUGGAGAGGAUUUGAACUUAGAGAAAUUGCUUGAGCAAGCAGAUGCUAUUCUAGAGAAUGGUCCUCUGGUGAGUAAUGAGGAGGAGGAGGCAGCAGUACACGAGCCACCAAAAAAGGAACUUAAGCCAUUACUGGAUACUCUUAAGUACAAGUUCCUCGAUCUAGUAGAUUCUUUGCCUGUGAUCAUAGCUUCUGAUUUGGUUGGUGCUCAAGAGGAGAAGUUAUUGGAUGUUUUGAGAGAGCACAAGGAGGCUAUCGGAUGGACUAUUGAAGAUAUUAAGGGGAUCAGCCCCUUAGUGAUGGUGGAGCGCUUGGUUGGGCACUAUUCUGGAUAUAACCAGAUCCCUAUGGACCCCGAAAAUCAGGAGAAGACGACUUUUACUUGUCCUUUUGGGACGUUCACCUACUGUCACAUACCCUUUGGGUUAUGCAAUGCACCCGCCACCUUUCAGCAGUGCAUGAUGAGCAUAUUCUCAGAUAUGGUAGAGCAUUUCCUGGAGUUUUCAUGGACGACUUCUCCUUCUUCGGUUCUUCAUGUGAGGAGAGUUUACACUGCCUCACUUUGGUCUUAG